AUGACAAGUUAUAUUGAUAUUAACAAUAAAGUUCCAAUAGUAGAAGCCAACCUCGUGCCAUUUCAUAUCGAAUAUUCUGGUCCUGCUAAUACUGCAGAAUUUUUUACCCCUUCCAAGACGACUGAGCAAAUAGAGCCUGACAGAGAAGCAUCAGUCGCGUACUUCAGGGGCUGCAAGAUGGUAGGUAAUGAAGUUACAUAUGGAGAUAGGUACAUCGGUUACGUUGUCGAAAAAUCGGAGAAGAUGGAAAAGAUUCAGGAAGAUGAAAGUAUAGAAAGCGGUAUCUUAAAGAAUAUUGAUAUAUAUACAGCAGUAGCGAAAUUUAAGAAGCUCGUGAUAUAUGGACAUGAUGCCCCUGCUGAAGAAUAUAAUCAAUGGGCAUUGGUUAAUGAAUGGAAGGAGAUCAGCGACAUAGUUCACUCAUAG